UUUUUAUAAUGCUACAAUUUAAAUAUUCGGUGGCGAUUUCUUCCCAUUCCUUUUUUAAAUCUUCAGGUAAAUCAUUGUCCCAAGGAAGGUUUGCUUCCCAUAAUUUUUGCAUCAACCAUUUUCCCUUUAGGAGAGCGGGUGAAAUGAGGCCGCAAGGGUCAAAACAUUCAGCGAUAGUUGCUAGUACUUUUCUUUUUGUCCAUUGCUUUUCCUCAGUCAUUUUUGGUACAGGGAGUUUUAAAGAUAGUGCAUCAUAGAAUGUAUCCCAAAUUAUUCCUAGUAUUUUUUGUUUAGCGCUUGAAUGUAAGUUCGUUGUUCUCGCUUCUAUAGGAAGCUUAUCAACAGGUAUAGCAUUCAAUUGUUUGGUCGCGUUAGUAAAUAUUUCACGAAAGUUCCAUCCG